AUGGGUUGCACACCUUCGCAUAUUAGUACUGCUAAUCACAAUGCAAAACAUGGAAGCAAACUCUUGAAUAAGGGUAUCCUGUCAGUUGAUCCAGAGAGUGAAGGUGUCUCACUUCAAUCGCUGAUCAAGGGCUCCUCUUCUUAUGAUACUGAUGACUUGUAUCAGGGAGAGACUCAGGGUAAGGAUCAUUCCCUUGACAACACAUCAGAUGAGGACAAAAAUGUUAAUUUCCAUUCCUCAUCUAAGGAUCCUUCACUUCCUGAAGCUGAACAGGAAGAGAAGGACAUUGACAGGUUGGUCUCAGAGACUGAGAUAGCCAUGUCUGAACUGACUGAGUCUCACCAAUAUGUGGCUGGAAAUAUGAAAAUAAAAAGGCAGAACUCUUGCAAAUCACGAAAAGCUGUUCUAGAAGACAAGAAUGAAAACAAUGAAAAGCAAAACCCAAAGAGAGGAAAGAAACAAAAGAAUAGCAGGCAAGGAAAACAAAAUCGUCAUUGCAAAAUCAAGGAAAAAUCCUGUGCAAGUAUAUGCAAAGAAGAGAAAAAGGUGGAUUUCCCAGAUCUGCUUGUUAAGGCUCAUAAGAACACAUAUGCCUAUUUAAACCCUAACCUCUCCAAAUACGAGAUCAUCUUGUGGAUGGCCCAUCAGGCUACAGAAACACAAUUAAUUUUACAGCAAAUGGUGAGCUUUUUUUUGCUUCGUUUUGAUGAAAUCAACCACCUUCUGGAGGAAAUUGCCAAAGAUGGAGAAGACCUUCUCAAAGAAGUGGGUGGGAACUUAUCUUGGCCUGCUGACAAAGGAAACCCAAAAGAGCAACCAGAUCUUUUGCAGCAGUUAUUGCAGUACACAGUCAACAAAAUGCAACUGUUAAAUGGAACUGUGGCCUCUUUGACCUCUGAGGUCCUUCAAGAGUUCUGCAGCUUUUUGCAGUCUGCAGGUAGCAGCUUAGAAGAAAAACUGAAAACAAAACAAGGUUUUGAUGAACGCUUGCUCCGGACAAUAAAACUGCUUGAAGCAUCUACAGCUGGGUCUUCUCAUCCUCACCCUGAUGACAGGGCUCUCUGUUCUGAAGACAGUGGAAUUGGUGCUGACACUGAAUCUGUCAAAGACUUGAACUUCCCUGAUAAACAAGGAAUACAUGCAAACUGUGUUUCUUGUUCACCUUACCACUCUCUAAAUGAGACUAUUUGGAAUGGAACAGCAUCUGCAAGAGAACAGCAGUGGAUGUGUACCUCUGUAUAUGCCACAAGCAAAUCCCAUGACUGUGCAGCCGAAAGGCGUUUUAAGGAUAUAGUUUACCCUCCUGCUCAUAUAACAUCUUCUUCCGAAAGAGGAGCCGAAUGUAUAGAUACUGUUCUCCAACAUCAAAACAUUGACAUCAGAAUGUCUCUUAACUCUGGGCAUUCUGAUGCCAUUCAUGUGGAUGAACGUGAAGAGUAUGAAUCAACUGAUGCUUCUUCCACAACUGAAGACCAUGACAACAAUAGCUUAUCAGAGGAAGAAAGUGAUAGUACGUUGGAAAAAAGAAAAAAUGCUUUACCUAAAAGACCAACAACGGCUCCUUUAUCAAAUGACAUUAAACAGAGGCUUUCUACCAAGCGAAUGGAGAGUCCUGAGAAGGAAGAGAUUAUUUUGAAGAUGAAAGAUGCCAUAAGUGAAAAGAUCAAAUUUGUCCCAGCAAGAACUGGAAAGAGGGAAUGGACAGAAGAUGAAAAUGGAAGAGGAGCCCAGGUGCAACGACCUAGUACAGCCACGGGAAGCCAGAAGACUAAAGUUAAACAGAGACGAUCUAGGUCUGCAGAGUCCCUUAGAAGUCAUGCCGAGGAUCCAACCCUUCUAGAGCUUCAAAGGACUCAAAAGGACCUCAACAAAAAGUUGGAAAUGUUUUACACACACAAUGAAAAUAAAGAAACAAAACAUAAGAUGACAACACUGAAUCAAAAAGAACAAUCCAAACUGCAAGAUUACGAGGAAGUUGUGCAUAGAUCUGCCACCAAUAAACUCAAGGCAUCUCUUGCUAAAAAUUUCAGCAUAUUACCUAAUCAAGAUAAGGUCCCUUUGCUUAGGCAUGAUCAAAAUGCUCUCAGCAAGAAAUCUGAUGGAAGGAAAUGUAGAAAGCUUGUCACAACAACUACAAUUGCACAGGAUCAAACAUCCAGCAGAGAAAAUGAACCUCUUGGGACACAGAGAGUAAACAAUGUUGCUUGUGCGCCACCUCAUAAAUCUGUUAAAAAGCUCAUUGAAACUUUCACCCCUGCUGAAGGCCUCAUUAAGCCUGUAAGUGUGAGAACUUUGGGACCAAUAAAAUGUAUCCGAAAGUUUGGACUUCCAAGCAUUACUCCCAACCUUCCACUUCCAAGAGGGCUUAACCCUUUAAACCAGAAAUCUAGAGUUUCACCCAUAGGUGAUACAAAUUGUGGUAAUGAUGCAAAUGAAGAAUUUGAUGAAGACUACAUAGAAAACCUUCCACCACCACCUCCUGAAAUGUUAGUGGGUCUCUCAGUUGAUUCAACUGAAUCUCCAGAAGAUGCAAGGAUAGAAGACAACUAUUCAGAAAUUGCCAACAAGCCCACCAAGAUGACUGAGCAUUGCACCACUAAGAAAAUUUCUCAAAUUUCUCAACGAAUGAAAGCUUCAUUGUUUUUCAUUGACUUGCUACCAAGUAAGAAUCGCAACAGUCCCAAUUGCAUUGCCAAGAAAACAUCGAAAAACACUAUGGGCUCUACACCAAGGAAAUAUUCCUUGGAGCUGAAUUCCACCCAAAUGUCUGACUACCACCAAGAGACCCCAUUAACAUCCCACAGGGACUAUGAAAUGAAAGAGGCUGCAGAUUUGUAUAGGCAAAACCAUAAAAUAAUACCACUUCAAAAUCCCAAAGAAAUUCCAGAACAGAAAGGAAGUGACACAGCAAGCAAGGAAUGCAAAGCUCCUCUAGCUUUGGCUCAAAAACAAGGCUCUCUUAACUCAAUUGGGAAAAGUGAGAAAACAACAGGUUUUGUUCAGCGAGUUUCCCCAGCAAGGACACCUCCUUCUUCACCACCUAGUGAGAAAAGGCUCCCAAGCCCACCACUACAUCACAAACACAUCCAUCAGGCUUUCUCUCCAAUUGUCUACAGGCAGCCUAGUCCUCCAGCAAGCCCUAAGGCAAUAAGCCCUCCAACUCACAGGAAACUCCCUUCACCACCAACUCAACAAAAACUUCCUAGCCCUCCAAUGGGACGCAAACAACAUAGCCCACCAACCCGACGUAAAGUGUUCAGUCCACCAUCCCACCGCAGAGAACCAAGCCCACCUCCUUUCUCAAUGACACCUUCCCCACCAGCUUCUCCCUCUAGGUUGCAUAAAGGAUUACAAAACAACUUGGACUCAGGGGAUGAACAGCAACCUGCCUCCCCCAAGAUUGUCAGCAAUGCACACUCAAUAUUUUGCCCAGCCACUUCUUCUUUAUUUGAAGCCAAACCACCAUUGCCAUCUAACAACUCCACCACAGAUGCCAUCCUCAAGGGUCAUUCUGAGCUAUCUACACAGAGGAAUAACACACAUCCUAUGCUAUGUGGAGAGCAACAGAAGAGGAUGGCCGUCAAUGUUGCCAAUCCCCAGCCUUUCAUAAGGAGAAGUUUCUCUGACCGCAGGCCAGGAUUCCCGCUUCCAAUACCAUUGUUUACUUCAGCUGCUAGCGAACCUGUGCUUAGCCAAGCAAGCAUGGAAGAGAAGCUUAGGAAAGAGGGGGACUCUUGGAAUAGUGCAUGUUUCUCCGAAGUCAAGGGAACAGUCAAGUCUUCUUCUCAUCUUGAACUCUAUAUUGUGGGCCAAGGGCUCCAGAAGGACUAG